AUGGCAUUCAACAUCUUUGGCAACGCGACUGAGGAGACAUCUUGGGUGCCCAACCCAACCACCCGAGGAACGUCGAAUAUCCUUCUGCCCUGCCUCAUCACGAUUUCACUCUGCGUCUGGUCGGCUCUGCAUCUCAACAUACAGGGGUACCGUGAUGGUGAAUUCAUCUGGAUGCUCUACCAGACGUGGAGAAAAUCCGGCUGGGUCAUAGUUGGUCUUCUUGCCCCGGAGUUUCUCAUUUACACCGCUUGGUAUCAGCGAUGCGAAGCCAAGCUCUGUGCGACCGCAUUCAACAACACAAUUGGGAUCACCCCUCCUCCCGGGACGUUUAGCAUAGGAGCGAGACUCCGAGAGGGCCUGAAAAAGGCGGUUCCGAAAAUAUGGUCAAACGAUCAACGCAAUGGAAAUGGCUUCGAUGUAGAAAUGGGGCACAUUGAGGACCAGCAGAAUCAGCAACGCCCUUGGACGAUUGCACAAGGCUUCUACAUUCAGAUGGGAGGGAUUGCCUUUGGUACGAUCGAACAGCAUCCUAUCUCUCUACUCCAGGGCCACGCGGUCUUGGACAGAAAAACUUUUCUCUCCGUUCUCGGUGCCAUCGACCUUCCAGAAGCCAACGCGCCCGAUUUCACCGCCUUCAGAAGUCAACUCGAUAUCUCCGAAGAAGAUCUUGUGGACAAACGGAAAGGUAGCGGUAUUGCCAAGGCCCUAGUCUGUCUCCAGGCCAUCUGGUUCUGCCUCCAAUGCUUCGCUCGCGUGCUCCAACAGUUGCCGCUCUCCCUCCUUGAACUCAACACCUUCGCUCACUCUCUCUGCGCCUUGGUGGUCUACAUCCUUUGGUGGGAAAAGCCGUUGGAUGUUGAGCGGCCUACCUACCUGACAGUUAGUUCAGAGCGCGAGAUAUAUCUAUGGGCCCGCGAGUUUCCCAAUUUUUGUUACCAGUGCUUGGAGAGUAGCGAAAGUACUGUGCGGGAAACGUUCAUUCAACCUAUUCUCUCCUUCUUCAGGACUCGGCGAUAUGGCGUACCUACUGCGGAGCCACGACAGUGGAUUGAGCUCACUGCUGUCGACGAUCAAGCCAUCCCUUCGAGGUAUAGACUCCUCAAUUUGAGAACGUCCGACUCUAGCUGA